AAGGUGGAUCUACCGUCGGUGAAGGUGCCCGCGGUGGCUCCGAUAGCCUUGCCAUUCCAACUGCCCGCACGCGGCAGGCCUUCCCUCGGCCUUGAAGUGUUCAGGGGGCACAAAGAGAUAAUUAGUGCAUGACUUUCAACUAAAACCGAGUGCUUGCCGUGAGUCAAGCCCUGUCGUCUGCGAUCACUUCUGCCAGUGUGACGACGGAGAUCAUGGUUUGCCUCAUAACGCUGGUCUGGUAGCCGAGGGGAAAUGACUGGAGGAGAUAGGUCUGCAAACUUCCUUUCACCCCUCGCGCUUCUCGAACGGCAUUCGGGACAGCUGAGCCAGGGUUCCUGCGAAGCUUCAGAUUCAUGUAGGCUUAUCUGGAACGUCAGCUCCGUCUGCAGAUUUGGAGAAGUUUGUAUUUACUUUGCAGCAUCAAGCCAGUGGCUGGAGGGUAUUCGAAAAUGGUACUACAAUGCUGCAGGGUUCAAUAAACUGGGGUUAAUGCGAGAUGAUACAAUACAUGAGAAUGAUGAUGUGAAAGAAGCCAUAAGAAGGCUACCUGAGAACCUUUAUAAUGACAGGAUGUUUCGCAUUAAGAGGGCACUGGACCUGACCAUGAGGCAUCAGAUCUUGCCUAAAGAGCAAUGGACAAAAUACGAGGAGGAUAAAUUCUACCUUGAACCGUAUCUGAAAGAAGUUAUUCGGGAAAGGAAAGAGAGAGAAGAAUGGGCAAAGAAGUAAUCAUGGAGUUGAAAACUGUCAUUGCAUCUGCCCUCAAGUAUUUUUAAGAAGUUGAAUAAAGCUGAAAUGUACAAUUUAGAACUAUCUGAGCUGCAAAUGUAUUGCUUUAAAUAAAUAUCUAUUAUGAUUACUAUUGGA